GUGAGUGUGUGAGUGGAAGCCCGCGGGUGUCCGUCCUGUCGGAAUGUGCGCGCUCGGGCCCCGUGCUGCAGCCGCCUUGUCCACGGCGUGAGGAAGCCGCGCGCGGGGGGGAAACCUCGAGGAAGAGGAGCGAUGGCUUCCAAGGAGACCGCGGCCGCCGCCGCCUCCUCUUCCUACUUCAUCAACGUGAGCAAGGAGAUGACAGAGAGUGUCAGAAAGGUUAUCGACAAACCAUCGAUCAAGCUUAUACGCAGUGUCAAGCUGGACGUCAAGACUGGCAAGUCGGAGGACCGGAUUUUGGUUCUUGCAACAUGGAGGCUUUAUUUCCUAGCUCCGAAAGUACCUUCCAAGGUGGAAGUGACUUUUAACUUCCUGGAGAUCCGAUCGAUGAGCACUCAGCCUGAGCAGAGGGUGAUCAUAGAGACGGACAAGUCAACAUACUGCGUUAGGCUGCAGUCACAAGACCAUCUGGAUCACAUGGUGUCCUAUAUCAGCUUCGCCCUAUCUCGAAUCUUCAACAACUCCAUGUUCGCUCCCUCCAUCUGUGUGUCUCAAGGGGACCUGGCAGACGGCAACCGGAAGUUCUCCCCGAACUCUGAAACCUCCGUGGAGACUCAGAGGGCUUGCGGCGGCUUCUCGGAGACCUACUCCGCGCUGUGCGACUACAACGGGAUCGGCUGCAAGGAGGAAGUGCAGUGGGAUGUGGACACCAUCUAUCAUUCCCAAGACAACAGAGAGUUUAAUUUGUUGGACUUUAGCCAUCUGGAGAGCAGGGACCUGGCUGUGAUUGUGGCCUCCAUUGCCUAUAACACUUGGUUCACGAAGCUGUACUGCAAAGACCUGCGUAUAGGCUCGGAGGUGACUGAGCAGGUCCUCCACACCCUCAGCAAGUCCAGCAGCCUGGAGGAGAUUACUCUAGAGAACGUGGGCCUCAAAGCGGAUUUUCCUCAGAAAAUGGCAGUUGCGUUGUCCGAGAAUCCCGCUUCAGUCAUCCACUCUCUGAACCUGGCGCACAACACCCUGGACAACCAAGGUGUCUCCAAUCUCAUCCAGCAAGUGUGUCGUCUUAGCAAAGGCCUCCGCCUUCUGAACCUCUCCAAGACGUCGCUCUCCUCCAAGGGCGUCAUGUCGCUGUCCCAGGCCCUCUGCUCCAGCGAUGACUACUCCAACUCUCUGCUCCACCUGGACCUGAGCAAGAACCCUGGGGUGCUUUCUGGAGAGGACGCCACGAACCUGUACCUGUUCCUGGCCCAGCCCAACUGUCUCGUCCAUUUGGACCUGUCUGGCACGGACUGCGCUGUGGACUCGUUAUUCGGAGCACUGCUCAGGGGCUGCUGCGCUGACCUGUCCUACCUGAACCUGUCCAGGAAUUCCUUCUCCCACAAGAAAAUGAGAGAGACCAUGCCCCUGUUCCGCCAGUUCUUCAGUUCAGCCUUCAGCCUCUCUCAUGUCAGCCUUGCUGGUAUAAAGCUCCCGGCGGAUGCUCUGAGAACUCUCUUCAUCGGGCUCUCUUCAAACCCUCACAUUAACGAUCUACAUUUGGACAUCAGUGGCUGUGAGCUCAGGUCAUCAGGAGCAGGUGUGAUAAGCGAGUUGUUUCCCAGAGUCUCCUGCAUCGGCACCCUUGACAUAUCAGACAAUGGCCUGGAUGCGGACCUUCUUCCUGUUGUAACUGCACUGUCCAGACACCCGUCCCUAAAACACCUCUUGGUUGGCAAGAACUUCAAUGUCAAAAGCAGGGUGCUUGAUGAGAUUCUACAGAAGCUGGUCCAACUCAUACAGGAGGAAGAGUGUGGGCUCCAGUCGCUUUCUCUGGCCGAAUCACGGCUGCGCUCCCGUGGCACCAUGUUGGUUAAUGCCCUGGGCAGCAACACCUGCCUGCGCAAGGUGGACCUCAGCGGGAAUGGCCUGGAGGACAUCGGGGCUAAGAUGUUGAGCAAGGCACUUCAGAUCAACACCACACUCAGGAGUGUAACGUGGGAUCGGAACAACACGUCAGCGCUGGGGUUCCAGGAUGUCGCCAGAGCCCUCGAACAUAACUUCACACUUCAGUACAUGCCCCUUCCAGUCAGUGAUAUCACCCAGGCAUACCGCUGCGCCCCAGAGAAGACCGAGCAGGCACUGACGAAGAUCCAGCGGGCCCUCCUUAGAAACAACCAGACGCAGCGCUUCUCACAGCGCCAGGCUCUCCGGCUGCACCAGGGCCUGGUCACCAGUACCGCCGAGCAGGUGAUGGAGCGCCUGUGUGUGCGUGUGCAGCAGCAGGUGUGUGUGCUGCGGGGGGUGAGUGAUGGGGAGGAGCUACAAGCUGCCAGACAGGUGCUGAAGGAGGCUCGAAACUCUCGUGCGCUGUACCCCUCCCUGUGUGAACUUGCCCAUGUGCUCUCUGUGGACGGUCCAGUCAGACAAAAACUGGACUCACUGUCCGGUGAGCUGGCUAAGGCAGCUGACAAAGAGCUCCAGGUGAUUGUAGACUCCAUGGUGUCUCUGUGCCGAGAGCUGUGCCCACUGUCUUCUGCGACCGCCGAGCACCUGACCCCACCACUGUCAUCCGUCUCGGAGCGUGUGUCGGUCCCUCGCUCCGCCAUUCGCACCGCGUUGAUGGAACGGGCUGCUCAGGACAUCCACCGGGCUCUUGAGGAGGUGAAGCUCUCAGUCGUCUCCUAUCUCACCAACUCCAUUGUUGAUCAGAUUCUGCAGGAGCUCUACGCGACUCACAAGACCCUGACGCGCCAGGUGUCCCAGAUGAAGCGGUGGGAUGACGGAGGGACGGGUAAACGUUCACACCGACACCGAGACUCCAUGGACAUCACUGAUGAGGAGCUGGGCACCAGUAUAGACACAAUUGCCAUUAAGAAGCGGAGCUCCAGGACCCGACGCAUCAGACCUGUCUCCACUAGGCUGAGUUUGGGUGAUGAUUCCAGCUCCUCUCCACCCUCCUCAGCUCCCCCUCACUCAGCCCCAAUCUCUCACUCUGCAUCUCUUGAGUGUUUGUCCGCCCUGCCUACCCAUGGCGCCCCUCUGCAUCAUGCAACACGGGUUAGACCAAGACCACCGCGGAGGCAUCGAAGAGGACCGCCACAGCCAGAUACUGCAAGAGCUCACUGCACCGAGAACGGAGCCGUGACGCCCCUUGAUGAUGGUUUGCCCGAUUUCUACACCAAACGAGUCCUCCCCGACAGUCAACUUUCAAAUCUCCACCAAGCUCAGUCCCUCCGAAGAAAGAAAAGGCGCAAUGUGCUGUCCAUCUUCGGCUUCCGAAGGAACCGCAAUUCAACCGUGUCCAAUCACGGGCCAGACACUGGAGAAGGGGGCGGGCCCCUAGAAGAUGAGGGUUCCAGUGUAGCAAUGGCACCCAGCAAGACUGCCACAGAAAAUGUGUACACGUUUUUGCAACCCCCAGUGGAUGCUGGGAAGCCAGAUGCCUCUGCAAAGGUGGCUGAUGGGAAGGAAGAGGGUUCAGUGACACAGCAGGUGCCACGACCCCUGCAGGGCAUACUGCUCCCCGGGAUGGGGGGAGGCGAACUGUCAAACCUAUCCCAAAGACAGAAACCUGAAGCUGAGUCAGGGGUGGACAGGUCUCCCAAGGGAAGCAGAUCGACAGACCUCCAGAAAGACACGCAUGACCUAGAGGAGGCAGCCGAAGACAGGCAGGCAUCUCCCAGCACACAGAUGGAAUGUGAGACCCAGGGGUCACGCCUCCAGACUGAACGUCAUGUUGAGAGCAGCAUGGAGGCUCGGGCAGAGAGACCGACGGAGGCCGACAGAUCAUCCUCAGCAGAGCUGCAGACAGACAAACAGGCCGGAUGGGUACAGGCAGACAGGAUGACAGCAGAGCAGCCCAAAGAGGACCAGCAUUGCCCUACUCCAUCUGGGCUGAAACCAACCCCCCCUCCUCAGACCAGCAAACCCAGCUUAGCCACCAUGAGGCAGAGACACCUGCAGGAGAGCUCCGAGCCGUCCUUGGAGGAAGAGAUGGGGCCCGAUAAAGAGAAAGAUGUCAGUAAGGAUGAGAAGAAAGAAAAAAAUGAAGGAGGCGAAAAAAAGGGGGAAACAGAGAGACAAUUUCCAACCGUCCCUGAGAAGCCUGCCAGCGUUCAGCCAAUGAGCAGAAGGAGUUCAGCAGAUGCCCCGCCCACUGUAGCAUCUCCCAAGGAAGUGGCCAAUGAGAAGAAAGUUCGGCCCUCUGUGCCGCCUCCCUCCUCCAAGCCUGUGCUUUGUUUGGGUGAUAUAACUUUCACUCAAGGUGAGGAGGGGAUGAGAGCACCCCCCACGAAGCCCUUGAGGAACAGGAAAGCUUUCUCUUGUGACACAGGCAUGGAGAGGGACUGUCCCAGCAAUCCGGAGAGACCCUUGGAUCGCAAGCCCCCGGUGAAGAAGCCCAGGCUGCCACAGGGCAAGAACAGGUCCCUGGACAGCCCUGGCAACGGCAAUUCGGAGUCUGGCAACAGUGAAGUAUCGUGACGACAGCAGAGGUCGGAGACAGUUCCCAUGACAACUGCGUGAUAUUAUUUUGCACUGGAGGGGAGAUAAAAAGAGGAGAGAGAGCGGGACACCGAGGGGUUAAUGUCAGCAGAGCUGCUCUCUGCUCUGCUCUGCACUGGGACAGCAGUUACCUGUUUACCGGUGUACCCCAACACUGCACUGGAGCUUUACCCAUCUUAGCUGUUCACAUGUCUGUCCUGGAAACAUUCAAACAGUUCUUGAUGCGUUCAGUGACACACACACAUAGGUGAACACAAACAUAUAGCUACAUGCACACGCACGUAUACAUAUACGCAUGUAUGAAUUCACAUUUUUGUUUUCUUUUAAAGUACAUGUUCUUUCUUCCUUUCUCUCUCACAUCCACACACACCCACGCGCACACGCACACACUCCCCUACAUGCUUGACCUGUGAGUACAAUCAAUGUUGGACCCUCUCGUGUUUCCAACUCAUGUGAAAGACCGACUGGAGGUAACGGUUGGUUUCCAGUCACCAGGGGCCAUCAGGAGGGGGCACAGAAGAUCCUGCGUCCGUCCGUCUCGUCUUGCUGCCUCCUCAGCCCCUCGCCUUCCUGCUCUAACCACACCUGUGACAUUGCUACCGUACGAACUCCUCCGCCUGUAUCCUCUAGCAACUAAAUAUGUGUAAAUACCAAAAAUUUACAUAUUCAAGAAUUUAC